CAUACAAACCAAGUUUGCGCACCGGGAUGCGGGAGCAGCCUGAUCAUGGCUCUCUACUGGAUUUACUCAUCCUUUUUUCUUUUUGUUCUUCACACUUUGCUAGACUGUGAAGCCUUGAGAAACUAUCCGGAUAAUGAAGUUACCCUUUUGGACUCCAUGUCAGCUCCAGGGGAUCUGGGCUGGGAGGCCUACCCAUCAGAAGGGUGGGAGGAGAUCAGUGUGAUGGAUGAGCGUAACAUCCCUAUGCGCACAUACCAGGUGUGCAACGUGAUGGAGGCCAACCAGAACAACUGGCUACGCACAGCACUGAUCCCACGUGCUGGUGCCCGACGUGUUUAUGUUGAACUCAAAUUCACACUGCGUGACUGCAACAGCUUACCUGGGGUGCCCGGAACCUGCAAGGAGACAUUCAACGUCUACUACCAUGAAUCGGAUGGUGCAGUGCCACCUCCACCACUACGGCACGCUCGUGAGAGCCAGUAUGUCAAAAUUGAUACGAUCGCAGCAGACGAGAGCUUUACUCAGAGCGAUGUGGGGGAGCGUGUCAUGAAGCUUAACACAGAGGUGCGACACAUCGGCGGACUCAGCAAGCGAGGACUUUACUUAGCAUUUCAGGAUCUGGGGGCCUGUAUCGCCUUGGUAUCAGUUCGUGUGUUCUAUAAGCGAUGCCCUCUGGCAGUGACGAACCUGGCACUUUUCUCUGACACGGUGACAGGGGGAGACCAGGCGCUGGUGGAGGUGCGGGGGUCCUGUGUGGAGUACGCUGAGGAGCUGGAGGCACCACGUAUGUUCUGCAGUGCGGAUGGAGGCUGGCUGGUGCCUAUCGGACGCUGCGUGUGCAGGCCCGGAUUUGAGGAGAUUGAUGGGCAAUGUCAACCUUGUAGACCUGGAUUUUACAAGGCCUCAGCCAUGGAUGCCUACUGCAUGAAGUGUCCUCCACAUAGCUACUCUCAUCAAGACAAGGCAUCUGAGUGUGUGUGUGAAAGGGGCUACUAUAGAGCUGAAACGGACCCUCGUUCCAUGGCCUGCACAAGGCCUCCAUCAGCACCAGGAAACCCGAUUUCUACAGUAAACGAGACAGCAGUGACUCUGGAGUGGAGCCCACCACGGGACACUGGAGGAAGAGGGGAUGUAACCUACAGUGUCCAUUGCAGGAAGUGCUCGGGCUUUGUGGGUGAGAUGGUUGAGAAGUGUGUGCCUUGCGGCAGCAGCGCUCACUUCAGCCCACGGCAGUUCGGCCUAGCUCACCCCAGAGUUCUGGUUAGUGAGCUUCAGCCUCGAACCAACUACACGUUUAGCAUCGAAGCUGUGAAUGGAGUCUCAGAUCUCAGCCCAAGCCCUCGACACCUAGUGAACAUCAACAUUACCACCAGCCAGACAGUGAGCGUGAUAGUUAAGGAGAGGAGGAGCAGGGACAGCAUCACCCUGGCCUGGCAAGGUCCAGAAACGCCUGAUGGUGCUGUGGUGGAGUAUGAAGUCACCUACUAUGAGAAGAAUCAGCGAGACCAGAACUACACAGUGCUGAAGACCAAAUCCAACAUAAUGACAGUGGAGGGCCUGAAGCCAGGUACAACAUACGUGUUCAGGGUACGUGCUCACACAGACGGAGGCUACGGCAACUAUGGAGGAGAAAUUGAGCUGGAAACAAGGCAUGAAGACAUGUUGGCAGUGGGAGAUCCAAACCAGAAGACCAUCUUGGCUGUAUCCAUUGCUGCUGGUGUAGUACUCUUCAUCCUUCUUGUGACCUGCUUUGUGGUCAGUGGCAGGCACUGCGGCUACAUCAAAGCAAAGCAAGACCCUGAGGAGGAGAAAAUGCAGUUCCAGCAUGGCCAUGUUCCACUUCCUGGAAGCAGAACUUACAUUCAUCCACACACAUAUGAGGAUCCGAAUCAGGCAGUCCGAGAUUUUGCUAAAGAAAUUGAUGUCUCCAACAUCCGCAUAGAACGAGUGAUUGGAGCAGGUGAGUUUGGGGAAGUGUGCAGUGGCCGGUUGCGUCUGCCCAGUAAAAGGGAAAUCCAUGUGGCCAUCAAGAGUCUGAAAGCAGGCUACACAGAGCAACAGAGGCGGGAUUUCCUCAGUGAGGCAAGCAUCAUGGGCCAGUUCGACCACCCCAACAUAAUCAGACUGGAAGGAGUUGUGACCCGAUGUAAACCUGUGAUGAUAAUAACAGAGUACAUGGAAAAUGGAUCAUUGGACACAUUUUUGAAGAAACAUGACGGCCAGUUUACAGUGAUUCAGCUUUUGGGCAUUAUGCGUGGCAUAGCUGCUGGAAUGCAGUAUCUCUCUGAGAUGAACUAUGUACACAGAGACCUUGCAGCAAGGAACAUUCUGGUAAAUGGAAACCUGGUGUGUAAAGUGUCAGAUUUUGGACUUUCACGUGUCCUGGAGGACGACCCAGAUGCAGUGUAUACUACCAGGGGGGGAAAGAUUCCUAUUCGGUGGACAGCUCCAGAGGCCAUAGCUUACAGGAAGUUCACUUCAGCUAGUGACAUGUGGAGUUACGGUAUCACCAUGUGGGAAGUCAUAUCCUAUGGGGAACGGCCAUACUGGGAGAUGUCCAAUCAGGAUGUGAUAAAGGCAAUAGAUGAGGGCUACAGGCUGCCAGCCCCUAUGGACUGCCCCGUAGUGUUACACCAGCUCAUGUUGGACUGCUGGGAGAAGAACCGCAGUGACAGGCCUAAGUUUGGGCAGAUAGUCAUCAACCUGGACCAGUUGAUCCGCAAUCCAAGCAGCCUGAAACAGCUGGCCAACAGUACAGUCUGGGAGGACCCAGUAAGUCCAGAGCCUGCAUUUAACACAGUGGCUGACUGGCUGGACUCAAUUAAGUUGAGUCAGUACAAAGAACAUUUCUCCAGCGCUGGCUAUGUCACUUUUGACUCUGUUCUCUAUGUCAGCAUCAGUGAACUUGGAAAGUUGGGAGUUUCACUGGCAGGCCAUCAGAAGAAAAUCCUCUCAAGCAUUCAGUGCUUACAUGUACAACAGCAGCAUCAGCAGCAGCAAGGAACCCAUGUGCAGGUAUAAGAAUUAGACUUUGGUAAAGCCCCGCCUCUUCGCUCCUAGCUCCAUCCUCAGACAGACACGUGUCCUCUUGCCCACCACUCCAGCCAGCCACUCCACUAUCAGCACAGAGAUCACGAACGCACUUCGGACUGCCAAUUUCUGAUUUGUGGCUAGGGUCAUAGGGGCACAUCCAGUCAUCUGGGCAGUGUUGAAGACAGAGCCACAUCACAAUGUAGAAGGAAGAAAAAUGCUCUGUGAUUUUAAAGGAAGCACUGGGAAACCUCACUGUAGUAUAAUUUUACUUUGAAUAGGACCUUUAGUGGGGAAAAAAGUGGACCACGCUGUAAAAAAAAUAAAAAGACUUGUUUUGUAGUAAUUUGAUGGUCUGUUGACUUGAUGCUUUUAGUGUUGAUGUAGGUGGUGUUUGUGUACCACAGGUGGAUGGACUUCUGAGAUAUGACCACCUGUGAACAUAUUUAUGGUAGAAUAAUAGUAUUUUCCAGCAGCUGAAAGAUAGCUUGAAGCACUGACCACAGACAUACAGUACAGACUGGAAAAGGAUGCAUUGUUACUCCAUAUGCCAUGCAGACUGUAUGUAAAUGGAUUGUAGGGUGCUCCUAUUCAUUUGGCCUGUCAGGUGCCAAGGACAAUGGAGAGAUAAGAACCUGAAGUCUUCAAAACCAUAAGCAUUUGCCCAGUGAGGAAACGUCUGUCACAUGUCUUCAAUGAUUUUCUUCAUUUUCGCUGAACUGAUAUUAAAAGACACUUUUAUCGCUGACACUGCAAUGGAUGUGUCUUUCUAUUUUAUGUAAUGUGAACAUCAUAUUAAGAGGAAGUGCUGUUUUUUUUCCCUUACUCACUCUUUGGAGUAUCAUCAUGCAGUACUUUAGCCGCUAAAGCACAGAAAUCUUGGUUGUUAACGAGAUGUUUUUUGUGUCAUGUUUCUCAAAAUGCUGUGUACAUAAUGCUGUGUACUUAUUAAAGAUAGACAUGUCUGUGAUACAGGCACUUCAGAAUGCACCUGUUUAAACCAGAGAUCAAGUAUCACACUUAAAUUACAGUUGUUUCAAAGUGAAAGAAUAGAAAAUGGUUUAAUUGUACAGUAUUCUUUAAUGUGUGUUUGUACAGUCAUGACUUUGUGUCUCAAGUAUUCUGCUGGUUGUAUACUCAGACAAGGGAAUGCCUCAUUUUAACGCUUUGAUGCUAGCUUUGGACAGAGCAGGAUUGUGCAGUGAACGUAAUGGAUGUAUUAGCUUUAUCACAGGUCUGGAAAGCUAAACAGUUUCUCAGGAUUUUUUUUCUCAAGAAAGUGUUUUUUCAAGAAGACAGGAUUUGGAAGAAAAUCAUGAGACAUCAUUUUCACACCUUCCAGAAUUAUUGGCAUUCCUCAAAACGAUUGGAACCCAUCAAAAUAUAAUUCAUAUUUUUGCUAGCAUAUAUGUGCCAAAGUUAUUGUAUUUAUUCCUGUUUUAAAUAAAUGCAAACAAUUGUCAUUGGUUGAAAACCUUUUUUAGUGGUUCGUUUGUUCUGAAAGUUUCAAUCCCAAGAACAAAAAAAUAUUUUUUUCAUGUUGUGAUAAAUCAUACACUGUUUUCAAGGUUUAUAAAUAUAACCUUGCACGCAUUCAAAAUGAUUUUGUCCUUCAUCAGCAUGAGUAAAAACACUUUCCAGCACAAAAAGCAAUAUUGACCUACGCAGAUCAGUUAAAAAAUACAUUUAGAUAUCAUUAAGUAUAUUUUGGUCCAUAACAAAAAAGAUUUAAAUCAGUUGGCAAAUCGACAGAAACUGUACCCGAGAGCACAUGAUACCCUCAGAGUGUGCGGUGGAUGGUGAAGGAGGGAAAAAAGAUUUGAAUGUAUGUACAUUCGGUUGUUAAAUUUGAACUGUUGAAAUUGUUAAACAUCUGCAUAACAGCAAGCUGUCAUAAAGCUUUGGAAGAAAAAGGCCUUUUCUUAGAGCAUCUUAAAAAAUUCAGAACUGGAACUUCUGCAAACAUUAGUAGAACUACAACUGGCAUUGAGUAUCAAUAUUUUAUGAGACCAAAACCAAAUAGUUGGUCAUAUGCCAUCAGACGUUUCAUGAGAUACAAAGAAAAAAAUACCUGAUCCCUAUAGUAAAUUACAGAGGUGGAUUAUUGAUGCUGUUUGUAAACAGUGGUUCAGGGGUCUAAUGAAGAUCAAUUGCAUCUUGGAUUCUUUUAAAUGCCAGGAUGUUUUAGAAUAAAACCCUGUUUGUCUCAGUGAGGACAUUCAGAAAUUGCUAUAGAUAGAGUUUAAAACAAGAUGAUGAGAUCGACAGAUAAAUGAUUCCAGAGACGUGAAAUCAAUGAUUCUCAACAAGCAUCUCAGUCUCUGAAUUUGACCGCUACAGAAAUCUGCAGUCUGAAUAGAAAAGGGAAUUCAACGUGCUCAAAGGUUAGAAUCUAAAAGGUUCUUCAUGAAGGAGUUAGCCAAAAUACCUUUAUAAGUGCCUCAAACCUUGCUAGAGUACAUAAAAUACUGCUGUUAUUCUCUCUAGAUCAGACAUCAUAAACCUUAAGAACAUGUAGAAAAUCGAUAUUUAAAACACAAUUUGCAAAAGAUCACACUGUAUGUGACGUUUAAUAAAUUUCUUUGCUCAUUUUUAUAAAGGGUACCAAUAAUUCUGGAAAGCACAUAUAUUUGAUUUUCUUUUUACAGUGGGUAAUUUGUGUUCAUUUACGCUUUGAGUAAUAUGAAGGAAGAUAUGAAUGAAUAUGAACUGAAACUGUAUUAUAACAGCAGUUACAUGUAGCACAUAGCUUUUGCCAUUAAAUGAAGAAAAAAAAAGAGAGAUUGUUUGAGAAAAGCUGUGUGGAAAUUGAAGUUCUGGCUAUCUGGUCCUUCUAUUAAACUAUUAAUUAUUAUAAUUUUUUUUUUAAAAGAGCAACGAUAAAAAAAUGGCAGGCAUUUCUUUGUAUUUAUUCAUUUCAUUAAGAAGGCUUCCUGUGUUUGUUGUUCAGCAAUAUGCACUGAAUAAAGAGUUCCCAUCCAAGAA